CUUGUUUAAAAAAUGAAGAUUUUCUUUUAAUUGUUAUGCAUCCUGGUCAACUGGAAGUGUUAGACAAAUACUCAGAAGAUGUAAUUUGUAUCGACGGAACACAUGGACUUAAUGCUCAUGAUUUUGAACUUACUACAUUGUUAAUAUUGGAUGAUAUGAGGGAGGGAUUUCCUUGUUGUUUUAUGAUUGGAAAUCGGUCUGAUGAGGAAAUAAUGACUAUUUUUUUCAUGAAGAUAAAAGAAAAUUUAGGAAGAGUAAUCAAACCCAUGGUUUUCAUGUCAGACAUGGCCCAAUAUUACUAUAAUGCAUGGCUCCAAAUUAUGACUCCAGCUAAAUUCAGGCUAUUUUGUUCCUGGCACGUAGAUAAAGCGUGGCGGAAAAAUCUAAAUAAAAUUGAUGGUCAAGAGCAAAAGGUAACUUAAAUAUUUAAUUUUUUUGCCCACUCAUCAUAUCAUUCGUCUUUUAGGUUAU